GCGACCAAACCAGACUUGACAAAAUAGAUAAAAUGGAAAUUAAAACUUGAUGAUAUCAAUCGAGGAGAAUCAGCAAUCAGGUAAUAAACAUGGCGGCAACGUGUGUUAGUGGUGAUGACUUCGAAAUGGAUACAGAAUCUUUAGAACCAUCAUUGCAAAAUGUAAUUGAUCAAACUUCCUUGAAAUGGAUAUUUGUUGGUGGAAAAGGUGGUGUUGGAAAAACGACAUGCAGCUGCAGCCUGGCAGUUCAACUCUCCAAGGUGAGGGAGAGUGUACUCAUCAUAUCCACCGAUCCAGCACACAACAUCUCUGAUGCAUUUGACCAAAAGUUUUCUAAGAUCCCCACCAAAGUAAAAGGAUUCAACAAUUUAUCUGCAAUGGAAAUAGACCCGAAUGUUGGUUUCAAUGAACUACCUGAGGAGUAUUUUGAUGGGGAGAAUGAUGCGAUGAGACUGAGCAAAGGAGUGAUGCAGGAGAUCAUCGGAGCGUUCCCUGGCAUUGAUGAGGCUAUGAGUUAUGCUGAAGUUAUGAAGUUAGUGAAAGGUAUGAACUUCUCUGUGGUGGUGUUCGAUACGGCGCCCACAGGUCACACGCUGCGUCUGCUGUCAUUCCCACAGGUUGUGGAGAAGGGACUUGGCAAACUGCUACGGCUCAAAAUGAAGAUCAGCCCUUUCAUCUCACAAAUUAGUUCACUUCUCGGAAUCACAGAUUUCAAUGCAGAUUCCUUCUCAAACAAGAUGGAAGACAUGUUAGCUAUCAUUAGACAAGUCAAUGAACAGUUUAGAAACCCGGAACAGACGACGUUCGUGUGCGUUUGUAUUGCAGAAUUCUUGUCACUCUACGAGACAGAGAGGUUAGUCCAGGAGCUGACGAAGUGUGGCAUUGACACGCACAACAUCAUCGUCAACCAGCUGCUGUUCCCUGCGGCCGGAACGGUUUGCCGCAUGUGUGCGGCCCGUUGCAAGGUGCAAGAGAAGUACCUGGACCAGAUCUCGGAUCUCUACGAGGACUUCCACGUAACCAAGCUUCCUCUUCUGGACCACGAGGUCAGAGGAGCUGCUCAGGUCAUGGACUUCUCUCAACACCUCGUCCGUCCAUUCACUCCAUCCUCACAAUGAUACUGUAUACAGGCACUACAAAAUUUACUAUUACAUUGUGAAAUAUUUAUUGUUUACAAAAACUUGAAGAUGUAAUUUAUUUAUUUUAUGUGUUCCUGGCAUGGGAUUUGGGGUAGAAAAUGAUUGUAAAAUAAGCUUGUUAUCUAUUUGUAAAUAAAUAUGUUUAUACUGGACAAA